CGGCCAACUGUCGACGAAGGCCCGUCGUCAUUUUCGACGUCACACGCACGGUCGAAGCAAGAUGAACCCUCCGCUGGUGACGGUGGCCACGUGCAACUUGAAUCAAUGGGCGCUGGACUUUGACGGCAACUUGGCUCGUAUCGAGCAGUCGAUCCGCAUCGCGAAGGAGCGAGGUGCUACGUACCGUCUCGGCCCAGAGCUCGAAAUCUGUGGCUACGGGUGCGAGGACCACUUUCUCGAGGUGGACACGUUUUACCAUUGCUGGGAAAGCUUGGCGUCGUUGCUCCAGAGCGACGCGACGGACAACAUCCUUUGCGACAUCGGUAUGCCUGUCAUGCACCUGGGCGUGCGGUACAACUGCCGAGUGUUUUGCUUGGACCGCAAGAUCGUGUUCAUCCGGCCCAAGCUAUACUUGGCAGACGACGGCAACUACCGCGAAAAGCGCUGGUUCACGACGUGGAAGAUCCACUCUGACCCGGCGUUGAACCUCCAAACCCACAUGCUGCCUCCGCUCAUCCAGCAGUUGACGGGGCAAGUCGAAGUGCCGUUUGGAAUUGGCGCGAUCGCCGCGCGUGAUUCGGUGAUAUCGUCGGAAACAUGCGAAGAACUGUUCACGCCAGACUCGCCGCACAUCGCGCUGGCGUUGGGCGGCGUGGAAAUCAUUGGGAACGGGUCGGGGUCGCACCACCAACUUCGAAAGUUGGAGCACCGCAUCGACUUGAUCCGCGGCGCGUCGGCGAAAGCCGGCGGAGUCUACUUGUACGCCAACCAGCAAGGGUGCGACGGCGGUCGGCUGUACUACGAUGGGUGUGCGCUGAUCGUGGUCAAUGGCCACAUCGUUGCGCAAGGAUCGCAGUUCUCUGUCGUGGACGUUGAAGUGAUCACGGCAGUGGUCGACCUCGACGACGUCCGGUCGUACCGCGGGGCCGUGAGCUCCCGCAGCGAACAAGCGAGUUCGCUCGACCACCGCAGCUUAUCUCGCGUCGACUUGCCCUUCCACCUGUCGACAAAGAAUGGGUUCCAUCUCCAAACAACCCCGCGCAUCUCUGCGAGAAUCCACACUCCCGAGGAAGAGAUUGCGUUGGGACCAGCCUGCUGGUUAUGGGACUACCUCCGUCGAAGCAAAGCCAAGGGGUUUUUCCUGCCGCUGUCGGGCGGUGCCGACAGCGCGUCCGUGGCGGCGAUCGUCGGCGUCAUGUGCCACCUUGCGACCGCCGCCGCCAAUGCCGGCGACGUCCAGGUCCAAAACGACAUUCAAUACCUGUUGUCCGUCGAAGGCAGGCCAUACGUCCCGUUGACGGCGGCGGAACUGGCCAACUCGGUGCUCCACACGACGUACAUGGGGACGGAGAACAGCUCGGCGGCAACCAAGAACCGCGCGACGCACUUGGCCGCCGAAAUCGGGAGUUAUCACUUGAAUAUGACGAUCGACACGAUGGUGUCGGCCGUCGUGUCGACGUUUGCCCUCUUGGUUGGGAAAACACCCAAGUUUGGCGUCCAUGGGGGCACGCCGUCCGAGGAUCUUGCGCUUCAGAACAUCCAGGCACGUCUCCGCAUGGUCAUGGCGUACCUCCUGGCACAGUUGCUGCCGUGGGUCCGGUCUCGAUCGGGCUUCUUGCUCGUUCUGGGCUCGGCCAACGUCGACGAAGCCUUGCGAGGGUACAUGACCAAGUACGACUGCAGCAGUGCCGAUUUAAACCCCAUUGGUGCCGUUUCCAAAACGGACUUGAAGCGUUUGCUCAAGUACGCUGCGGUCAAGUACUCGUAUCCCACGUUGGCGGAGAUCGUGGCGGCGCCUCCGACCGCGGAACUGCGACCCACGAGUGGCGAGGGCGAGCACACCCAAGUCGACGAAGAAGAUAUGGGCAUGACGUACGUGCUCAUGGCCGUGUUGGUUGGAAUGUUGAACGUGGAGGCUUGGUGUAGGUACGACGAAUUGAGUUGGUUUGGUCGAUUGCGCAAGAUUGAUCGAUGCGGACCGUUGUGGAUGUUCCGCAAGCUCGGAGGCAUCUGGACGAACUUAUCCCCGCUCGAAAUCGCGGCAAAAGUGAAGCGUUUCUUCUUCUACUACGGGAUUAAUCGCCACAAGAUGACGACUCUGACGCCGUCGUACCAUGCCGAGAACUACUCGCCUGACGACAACCGGUACGCCUCCAACUCUCCACGUAGCGUGUCGGGAUGUUCAUCGUGUCUCUCCCGUAGGUUUGACUUGCGCCCGUUCCUGUACAACUCCAAGUGGACCCGGCAAUUCCAUGCCAUCGAUGCCCUCGCCAGCGAGAUGGACCUGCCCAAGGAAAAAAAGGAAUAGCGGCAUCAAUUCAAAUUGGAACCUCUCUGUUUCAAUAACUCGUUUAAUAGAGUUUUGGGGUAUCACUUGCAAAA